AUGAAUAAUCCACUUGGACGCUCUACAUAGAAACCUGAAUAAUAGACACAAAAUAACUAAAAGAAUAAUAGAGCAAAAGAGUUUGAAAAAUAAUUAUAAGAAGAAGAAAGAAGUAAAAUCUAAUGAAUCAUAAUUAUUAGUGUUAGCAUAAUCAGCAGGAAUCAUUAAUAAUACAUAAUAAACAAAUAUUCAAUAAUAAUAGCCUGCUUAUUCAUAAUAAUAAUAACUUAAUUAAUAACCAUAAUCUGUAUUUGGAUAGAUAGGUUAGAUGUUAGAUGCUCCAAGAGUAAAUUAAUUCAACAAUAUUAGAAAUUAUUUUUUAGAAACACUACAACAUAACAAUAACCAAUUUAAUAAGGUUAAAGAUAACCAACAGAUUAGAAUGAACCAGAAAUAAUCUAAACAAAUAUAGUAUAGACCUAUACAACUCGUGACAUUAAAAGUAUUGGAUUAGAAAUUGUAUAACCUGGAGAAAUAGCUUUAUAAGAACUGAGAGGAAUAUGUUCUAUUAGUACUUAAUAAUUUUAAGGAAUAAUUGUAGCAACAAAUUAUUAGGUAAUUAAAUUGAUCUUCUAACAUAGAUUGUAUUUUUACCUGAUAAAUUCCCAAAAGAUUUUAGAAAAGAUUAUUUUUAUAUUCCAUAUACUUUAAUGAUUAAAGUAGAGAAGACUAUGGAUAGGAAAUAAAAUGAUGCUAAUUUUAUAGAGAUAUCAUGUAAAGAUGGUAGAUGGUUUAAAUAUAGAUUUUUGAAGGAAUAAAAUGAUGAUUGUAAUAGCAUAUUUAAUGUUAUUAAUAAGAAUGCAUUUACAUUAAAUAAAUAAACUUUAUUUGCAUUUACAUUUUAUAAAGAAUAUUCAAAUUUAGAAAAUGAUUAUUAAGGAUGGAAGAUAUUUAAUAUAGAAAAGGAUUUUGAAAGAAUGGGAAUUAAUAUAUUAUAAGAGAAUUCAUAAAAUUAAAAUGGAUUAUUUAAAUAUUUAAAUAAUGAAAAUGGAAUCAUUUGUUCAACUUAUUAUAAUAGAUUAGUUGUACCUGCAAAAGCAGAUUUAGAUUGUAUAUAAAAAACAGCCAAAUUUAGAUCUAAAGAAAGAAUACCAAUAUUAUCAUAUGCAUUUCCAAUUAAUGGAAAAGUCAUAUCUAUGUGGAGAAGUUCAUAAUGUAGAACUGGAAUAGGAUAGAAUAGAUCUACUGAAGAUGAAUGCUAUUUGAAAUAUAUGUCAUUUUAAACUGUUGAUGAACAAGAAAAUCAAUAUGAAGAUAAGGAAAUUAGAUUAAGAAUUUAUGAUGCUAGACCUCAUAUUAAUGCUAUUGGAUAAUAGGUGGCAGGUAAAGGUUAUGAAAAUACUCUCUUUUAUAGAAGAUGUAGCAUAGAUUUUUUAGAUAUUCAUAAUAUACAUAAAGUAAGAGAUUCAUAAACAAAAUUAUUAAAAGCAGCAUUUAAGUAUUUAAUUUAUAAUAAAUUUAAGUGAAAAUGUAUAAUUUCUAUCAUAAUUGGAAUAAUCAUAAUGGUAUGAUCACAUUGUUGCUAUCAUUAAAGGAUCUGCUAAAAUAGCAAUUACAAUGACUAAAGAAAAAAUUAAUGUUUUGGUUCAUUGUAGUGAUGGAUGGGAUAGAACUGCUUAAUUGACAGCCCUAGUAUCUAUUAUGAUUGAUGGAUAAUAUAGAACACUUGAAGGAUUUAUGAUUCUUGUUUAAAAAGAAUGGAUUAAUAGUGGACAUUAAUUUUGUUAACGUUCUGCUAUUGGAAAUAAAUAAAAUAAUGAAGAUUCCAGAUCUCCUAUUUUCUUAUAAUUCUUAGAUUGUGUAUUUUAAAUGUAAUAAUUAUAUCCAUUAUCAUUUGAAUUUAAUGAGAAACUAUUAUUAGAUUUAGCAUAUCAUCAUUUAACUUCAUUAUUUGGAACAUUUUUAUGUGAUUCAUUUUUAGUAUUAUAUUUUAUUUAUUUACUUUUUUUAGGAAAUUCAAAAACAAAGAAUUAUGGAAUAAACUGUAUCUAUUUGGUCUUGGAUUAUGAAAUAAAAAGAUAAAUAUAUGAAUGCUUUUUAUAAAAAUCCAUAAUCAAUUGAUUAAGAUGUUAUUAUACCUGAAUCAUUUACAGGAAAAUCAAUUACAUUUUGGAAAGGAUAUUUUCUAUAUUAUUCUUUAGAAUCAAAUGAUGCUUAUUAAAUACAUCCUUAAUGUCAAUAUACAUGGUAUUAUUCAAAUUUUAUAAUUUUUAGUGAUAAUCUAUAAGAAAUGUAUAAAUCAUUAUCCAAAGAAAAUCAUGUUUUAAGAUAAGCAUAGAAGGAUUAAGAAAAGUUGGCUAUUCUUCAUCAAUAAAAAUUUAAUUAACUUAUGCAAAUUAUAUAAGAAACUUAAAAUGAAGAAAUUAUUGAGAAACUUUAAACAAUUAAACUUAUUUGA